UUUUACGCAUCCUGACUGUUUUCUUUUUGAUUCUUCUCUAUAUAGUGAGAUUUUUAUUUUUUUUCUUUCUCCUUUUUCCAGGUACUGCAUUUCUACUGUGAUACCUGUUCUGUCCCCAUAUGUCGGGAAUGUACCAUGGGACGACAUGUGGGUCACAGCUUUAUCUACCUCCAAGACGCCCUACAGGACUCCAGGACUCUCACCAUUCAGCUCCUGGCAGAUGCUCAGCAAGGACGACAGGCUAUUCAACUGAGUAUUGAACAGGCCCAGGCUGUGGCAGAGCAAGUCGAGAUGAAAGCGAAGGUGGUACAGUCUGAAGUCAAAGUAGUGACCACUAGACAUAAGAAGGCCUUGGAGGAGCGGGAGUGUGAGCUGCUCUGGAAGGUGGAAAAGAUUCGCCAAGUCAAGGCCAAGUCACUCUACUUGCAAGUUGAAAAGUUGCGUCAGAACCUGAACAAGCUGGAUAACACCAUUAGUGCUGUCCAGCAGGUCCUGGAGGAGGGUCGUACCAUGGAUAUUCUUCUGGCUCGGGACCGCAUGCUGGCUCAGGUGCAGGAGCUGAAGAACGUCAGAGGCCUUCUCCAGCCACAGGAAGACGACAGGAUCAUGUUCACCCCCCCUGACCAGGCAUUGUAUAUGGCCAUUAAAUCAAUGGGCUUUGUCAGCAGCGGGGCUUUUGCCCCCUUGACCAAAGCCACAGGGGAAGGGCUGAAGCGUGCGCUGCAGGGCAAGGUGGCCUCGUUCACUGUGAUGGGCUACGACCACGACGGGGAGCCUCGCCUUUCAGGGGGUGACAUGAUCUCUGCAGUGGUCAUGGGCCCAGAUGGAAACCUUUUUGGGGCGGACGUCAGCGAUCAGCAGAACGGGACCUACCUGGUCAGCUACCGUCCGCAGCUGGAGGGAGAGCACCUGGUGUCCGUGAUGAUGUGCAACCAACACAUCGAGAACAGCCCCUUCAAAGUGGUGGUGAAGUCCGGGCGCAGCUACAUCGGCAUCGGGCUGCCGGGGCUGUCCUUCGGCAGCGAGGGAGACAGCGACGGCAAGCUCUGCCGCCCCUGGGGGGUCAGCGUCGACAAAGAAGGCUUCAUCAUCGUCGCCGACCGCAGUAACAACCGCAUCCAGGUGUUCAAGCCGUGCGGGACCUUCCAUCACAAGUUUGGCACGCUGGGCUCCCGGCCGGGCCAGUUCGAUCGCCCUGCCGGCGUGGCCUGUGACAGUUCGCGUAGGAUCGUCGUGGCCGACAAGGACAAUCAUCGCAUCCAGAUCUUCACGUUCGAGGGGCAGUUCAUUCUGAAGUUUGGGGAGAAAGGAACGAAGAACGGGCAAUUCAAUUACCCAUGGGAUGUGGCAGUCAACGCAGAGGGCAAGAUCCUGGUCUCUGACACGAGGAACCAUCGCGUUCAGCUGUUCGGGCCCGACGGCGUGUUCCUUAACAAGUACGGCUUCGAAGGGGCACUCUGGAAGCACUUUGAUUCCCCCAGAGGUGUGACGUUCAAUCACGAGGGCCACUUGGUAGUGACGGACUUCAACAACCAUCGGCUCCUGGUCAUCCAUCCAGAUUGCCAGUCGGCACGCUUCCUGGGCUCCGAGGGCACCGGCAACGGCCAGUUCCUGCGCCCGCAGGGAGUGGCGGUGGAUCAGGAAGGGCGCAUCAUCGUGGCCGACUCCAGGAACCACCGGGUGCAGAUAUUCGAGUCCAAUGGUAGCUUUUUAUGCAAGUUUGGCACUCAGGGAAGCGGCUUUGGUCAGAUGGACCGUCCUUCAGGUAUAGCUGUCACCCCUGAUGGCAUGAUUGUUGUGGUCGACUUUGGAAACAAUCGAAUUCUCGUCUUCUAAUCUGUGUUUGAAUUAGGAAGAAACUGUCUCAGGGAAAUUCUUCUAAGAGAAAAUGAAAAAAUACAACGUUAAUUCAAACCUACCUCAUCUUUAAUUUUUUUACAGAUGAAUGUACUUACCUUUUCUGCAGGGAGUGAGCCUGUAAAAUUGAAUUCUAUCUACCUCAUUGUCCUCCCUUCCCUCCCCGGUUUCUUGCUCCCUCCCUUAUCCCCACAUACUCAUAGUUCAGAACGUUUUACCUCUUUCCCCACGAUGGGGUUUCAUGCACAAACAAGUGUUGCUGUGCACAUUAGGUGGUUUGUGUGGUGAGUUCUGUUAGACUAAGCCAAGAAAGGCGCUAUGUAACUUUUUAAAUGGAGAAAAUGGUAGUAGGUGUUUGUAGAGAAUUUGUGUUGACCAUUCUGCAGUUCUGUGGGUGGGGACAUGGGAGGGAGGGACAUUUGUUGGAUUUGGUUUGUGCUUUUUUGUUUUUUUGGGUUUUGGUUUGGUUUUUUUUUUGUUUGUUUUCUUUUUUUUUAAUUGCUGCUGCAGCAGAGAACUUUUUCCUGUUCUCCUUUUUAUACCUCAGUGUGUUUGAUUUACUGGUGAGCACAGCAUCUUGUUCCCAAACAACUUUGAACAUUUUAUGAAAGUGAGUGGGAUUCACUUGCCAGGAAGAACAAGUUUGCUUCUUUUUUGGCAUUUCUGUGUAUUUUUUUACUGAAACAUGGUAAUUUAACAGCACAAAGUGAAGCUGAUGAAAAUGCACAAAAAUUCUUUAAGUUUAAACCAAAUUGUUCAUUUUAGUGGCUUAGUGCAGUCAUUGUAAAGUUCAGAUAAAAAGCAAGGCUUCCUUUAAUGUGUCCUAUCAUUGAGAAUUUAAUUUUUACCCCUUUUCACCUGAAAGCUAAAUUAGUUUUAAAAAAGUUACUGUUUCUUUUUAUCAGUGCCCCCAAUCUAGGUAACAGAAUAGGUUAGCAGGAGCAUUGAAACAGGGAAAAUCAAACCCUUUUGAUAUACUUUCUUGUGAAAUGACUUAGUGUUUUUUGCCCCUCCCCAUAGAGAAACUUUAAAGGAAUAGCAUGUGAAUUUGUUAGAACAGAAGUGGUACCUUUUUCCAAAAGUAAGAAAUAAGCACAGCUUUGGAGAUUCAGGGUGUGUUUUGGAGAAGUCAACAGUUGUUUUGCUUUGUUUUGUUUUGGGUUUUUUUUGUUCAGAGAGGAUUGCAAUAACUCUAUCAGUGACUAUUUUUUUUUUUUUAAUCAUUUUCUGGCUUCCCCAAAGAGCUGGACUGAAGAUUUUGGGAAUAUCUA